ACAUGGAGCACGCGAAGGCGAUCGCUGCGAGCCCUUCCUCCUCUUCUUCUCCGCGGGAAGCCCUCGCCAACCCUGAAGCCGAAUCCCAGAUCUCGGCGAUCCUCUUCGAUACGUGGCAGCAAGUGCAAGAAGCUAUGCAGAGCAUGCUUAAAAUGACUAGUGAGAUCGAGCAAAGUUCUGCAGAGAUAAAGGAAGAGAUAGAGAAAUGCAAGGAGUCGGUGGAAGUCAGGAGUAAAGCACUGGAGGAAGCGAAAGAACAUCUGCAGAAAACAGCUAUUGCUGUGCUGCAGAUAUUCAAUGGCCCUGAGGUCGUUUAAGAGCUUUGCUUUGUCACGCACGUGCAACAUGGUGGUUGUGCUAUACUGGUUACGCAGAACCCCUCUUCCUGUUGCCAUAGUAGUUAUCAGAGCUAUUCAUAUCAUAACAUGAACAUUGCGAAAUGUGUCUUAAGUUUUACGUGUCAUUACAUAAUUGAAUUUGCCCACGAGUACCUCGUUCAUGUCAAAAAUAACUGUGUUUUGAAUGUAGUUAUACUAUGACUUUCAAGAUGAAUACGAUCCGCUAUAACAUAAAUC